AUGUCUCAGUUCAUGUGGCCCGUAGAUGCAGCCUUCCGCUCAUCUCGUAAGAACGAAGCUUUUGUUUUCAAGGGGAAUAAGUACGUCCUGAUCAACUAUGCGCCCGGCACUACAGAUGAUGAGGUGGUGCAUGGACCGCUGCUCAUCCGUGAUGGGUUUCCGUCACUUGCAGGCACUGUGUUCGAAAAAGGCAUAGAUGCUGCGUUCGAGUCGUCAAGGAAAUAUGAAGCUUACAUUUUCAGAGGCAACCGGUAUGCUCGUAUAAAUUACUGUUCCAAUCCGCACCUAGUUUCCAUCAGUCUCAUCGCUCAAUGCUUUCCGAGUUUGAGGAACACCAUCUUCGAAUCUGGAAUCCACGCUGCAUUUGCUUCGCACCGUUACAACGAGGCAUACAUAUUCAAAUAUGGCGAUUACACACGCAUCAACUUCGCACCAGGCACAACAAGUGAUUACAUCAUCGGCGGUGUGAAGGAAAUUUAUCAGAACUGGCCUUCUCUAAGUGUCAUCGUUCCUAGGCGCCCUGCACCAAAGUUUGGCGUUGGCCUAGUGGUCGUUGUGGAAGAUACAAGUUCGUGA